CUUAUGUCAGCCUUCUCUCAAGAUCCUAUACCUUUGCCUACAGACUCUCGUAGUUCAAAAUUGAGUCCCAGAACUCUCUUAAACAAAAAGCUUCAAAGAAACACCAAUAUAAUGGAAAACCACAAAGGCCAUGUGACCCAGUUAGAAAAAGAAAUCGAAUUCCGAAAACUAUUAUCAAACAGACUCCAUCUAACUUCAAUGAUAGACUCCUAUAAAAACAUCAAAUCCCUUCCUGAAGACCACAUCCCCCAAAAAUUCGUUCAAAUCUCCCAAAAAUUUCACCCCAGCACCAAACCCUCCACCUCCAAAUUCCUUAAAUCCUACCUCCCCCAACCCUCCCAAUCUAGCAAAGCUGCCGAACUUAUCCAAAGUCCAACUGAACCACCUAAAAAUCCUGCCCUAACUACUUCUUAUCAUAAAAUGAGACCGAAGACAUCAAGGCUGCCUAAGAACUCAGUGACGAAGGAUAAAAGGAGGGAAAAUGUACAGAAGAGAAAGAGACGGAAAAGGAGGGCAUCAGUGGAGCAGAAGGAUGGUUUUACACAAGCACAGUUUUAUCAGCACCUGAGGCAUAUGAGUAUGCCUCAGAAAGAUUUUAGGAAGAGUAUAGUGGUGAAGAGGUGUAUGGCUAAGCAGAAUCAAGAUCUUGAGAUGAAUGAGGGGGAGAAAGCGAAAGAAAGACCAAAAACUGCCAGAACUCAAUGAUAUUCGAAAACUCCUCAAAUGAUGGAAAGUUCAGUAGUUCAUGCUAUUAUUAACAAAGAUGAGAAUGCAAUUUUAGAACAUGCUGCUCAGCACUUUGGAGAGGAAAGCGUUGCACAUUAUACUCUUGAGAAAGAAAAACUUAAGCCAACGUACACUCAUGUUCCUAAACAGCUGAAGAUCCGCAAGACUGUCAAAAGAUCAUCCAAAAAUAUAAAACAUCCAUUCACUUGUAAUUUAGUAGAUGGUGAAUUAUAAGAAACCUAAAUAGCUAUUCUCCAGUCUCAAUAACUCCAAGAAACCUCGACCGGAGAGCUGCUUCUUGCCAAGAACUGGAUGACAGAGGCACUAAUGAAGGAUUGGAUGAAGAAAAGGGGAACUUCAUUGGAUUUCACAGAACUCACACUCCAUAUCUUGAAAUCAACACUAAGAACUCUAAGAGAGAGUCUUCAGCAGUGAAUUCGAAAGGAAAGCUCACAGUUGAUCUCACCAGCUUUGGAACUGUACACAAGCAUGAUUCACAGAUCCUUAAGCCGAGAUUAAAAUAAAUCAAAGACUAAAAAUCUUAACUUAGACCAGAAGAGAACUAAACGAAUAUUUACUAAGAAAAUAUCCAAGAGAAGGCCUAAGAGCUCUUACGGAUAUAAAACUCAAGACAGACUUAAAAUACAAGGAAGCAAGAAGUAUAAGGUUAGCCAGAAAAGCUAUAAAGAAAAAGGACCCUGGAACUCUGAUCUCACUGAUGAAAACUUCUUUAUUGGCAAAGACUCGAGAGCCCCAAAGAAGAACAAAUCCUUGGUCAAAAAGCCUACCGACCACUACUCAGGGAACAUCGAUCUCAAAGACAUCCUUCGGCCACUUACCAGUUCCUCCAAAGUCCCCAGUCAAGUAAGAAGACAGCGUGGCCGCUGCAGUCCUCCUAAACCCAAACCUCUUGCUCCACUUUCCAAAGGAGGUGGCUUCAAAAACCCUGCUCCAAAACUCAAAUCUGUAGCCGUCGGCACAGAUCUAAAACAAAUAGUCAACUUGAAAUUUACCAGUAACGAUAAGAUUUAUUACCAAGAAGGCCACCAGUCAGUGAGUGGAGGGGUGUCGGAUACGGAGUCGGAGAAAGUCAGUGUAGGCGGAUGGAAGGAGAUUAUUGAUGAUAUGGUGCAGGGGUGGACGCAGCCGGUUGGGGUUUAUAUAGAGAAUAAGAAGCUGAACCAUAAUAACCCGAUGUUGUAAGUCAGUAGAGAAGGAUGAGAGAUCAUAUUA